ACUAUAUAUACCUCAUCCAGUUAUAUCACUUCAUCAAACAAAUACUUAUCAUAGAUAUGGCAAUUCCUGUGAUAGAUUUUAGCACUCUCAAUGGUGACAAAAGAGGUGAAACUAUGGCUCUUUUGCAUGAAGCUUGUCAAAAAUGGGGUUGCUUUCUGAUUGAGAACCAUGAUAUUGAGGGGAAGUUGAUGGAGAAGGUGAAGAAGGUAAUUAAUAGUUACUAUGAAGAAAAUUUGAAGGAAAGUUUUUACCAAUCUGAGAUAGCAAAGAGGUUGGAGAAAAAGGAGAACACCUGUGAUGUUGACUGGGAAAGUUCAUUCUUCAUUUGGCAUCGUCCGACGUCUAACAUUAGGAAAAUUCCAAACCUCUCUGAGGAUCUUUGUCAAACAAUGGAUGAGUACAUUGACAAACUAGUUCAAGUGGCAGAGACAUUAUCUCAGAUGAUGAGUGAAAAUCUUGGUUUGGAGAAAGAUUACAUAAAGAAAGCAUUUUCAGGAAAUAAUAAUAAUGGACCAGCUAUGGGCACAAAAGUGGCAAAGUACCCUGAAUGUCCAUAUCCAGAAUUGGUAAGAGGUUUAAGAGAGCAUACAGAUGCUGGUGGAAUCAUCCUAUUGCUUCAAGAUGACAAAGUACCUGGUCUUGAAUUCUUCAAAGAUGGAAAAUGGAUUGAGAUACCACCUUCAAAAAACAAUGCUAUCUUUGUCAACACAGGUGACCAAAUUGAAGUGUUGAGCAAUGGUUUAUACAAAAGUGUUGUGCAUAGGGUGAUGCCUGACAAGAAUGGAAGUAGACUAUCUAUUGCAAGUUUCUAUAAUCCAGUUGGUGAAGCUAUUAUUUCUCCAGCUCCUAAACUCUUGUAUCCAAGUAAUUACUGCUAUGGUGACUAUUUGGAGCUUUAUGGAAAAACUAAGUUUGGUGAUAAGGGUCCUAGAUUUGAAUCCAUCAAGAAUAAGGCCAAUGGGAACUAGUACUAUUACAAUCUUGUGUAACUUGAAAAAAUGUAUCCUAAUACCCUUAAUUUCUACUUGAUGUUACAAAAUAGCCAAGAAAGGAAAAUGGAACAGCAGGUUUCCUUUUUAUUUUCUUUUUUCAUGUUGUUAUAUUGAAUGAAUAACAAAGAAAUAUAUGAUUUUUCUUUGAUUCCAUAAA